AUGGAAUAGCCAAAAAAAAUUCCCGCCAUUUAAAAAUAUAUAAAAAACGUAGAGAUCCGUUUAUGCUGCGUGAUGAUGAAUUUCAAAUGAGGUACCGAUUUUCAAAAAAGGGCGUAGAAAAAAUAAUUGACUUGGUGAAACAGGACUUAACGUUUGAUAAUAGAGGCGCUGGAACUUCCGCAAGAUUACAAGUUCAGUAGCUUUGCGAUGUUGGAGUCGUAGAGAAGUACAAGACGAUGCAGGUGAUUUACAUGGCCUUAGCCAGGCUGCGACUGACUGCAUUUGCGUUAGAGUAGCUAGUGCUCUUGCAAAACAUGCCGCAACUGUGAUUAAAAUGCCAGAAUCAUUGAUAGAAGAGGAAGCAAAUAUGAAAAGCUUCAAACGCAAAAAAAAUUUUCCAAAUGUGAUUGGUGCAAUUGAUUGCACGCACAUAAAAAUUAAAAAAGUGGGUGGAGAUAUUUCCCAAUAUUAUAUAAAUCGGAAAGGGUAUUAUUCAUUAAACGUACAAGUGGUAUGUGAUGCAAAUUUAAAAAUUUGCAAUGUAGUCGCAAGAUGGAGAGGUAAUACGCACGACUGCCGGAUUUUCGAUGAGUCAAUUUUUAAAGAACAGUUAGAGGCAGGUAAAUUCAAAGGGCGCUUGGUUGGCGAUUCAGGAUACAAACUUUAACCAUACCUAUUCACUCCAAUACUGAAACCACAAAACGCAAAAGAAGAACGAUACAAUGCUGCACACAUCACCACCAGAAAUACAAUUGAAAGAUGCUUUGGUGUGUGGAAGCAAAGAUUUCGUUGUCUUCUAGAUGGGUUGAAUAUAUCAUUGGAGAAUGCGAAAACAGUUAUAGUCGCACUUGCAGUAUUGCACAAUCCUGCAAUUACUUACAAUGAAAAUGACUUCAAAAUACCUUAUAAUGACAAUUUUUCUGCGGCUAUCAACUAUCAACUUUAGUUCCUUAUCUGACUGUGAAGAAAUAUG